GGUUCCCAUUCGUACCAAUUUGACCGGAGACACUAUGCGCGGCGACGAAGACGACGACGACGUGGAACAAGGCGUGGUUCAUGCGGAGAUCCCGACGACGUUCCGUGAACUGCGCGCGUGCAUGAUCUGCUCCCUCGUCAAGACGUACAGUCAGUUCUAUGAGUCGGGAUGCGACAACUGCGGGUUUCUGAACAUGCAAGACAACCGCACGCGAGUGACAGACUGCACGACUGCCUACUUCGAAGGGAUGAUUGCCAUGAUGCAGCCCAAGGAAAGCUGGGUCGCCAAGUGGCGACGCAUUGGCAAGUUCGUGCCGGGGAUUUACGCGGUUGCCGUCACGGGCGAACUCAACGACAGCAUCAAAAAGUUCCUCGAAGAGCGCAACAUUUCGUACUGCGUCAGUUAGUUAAUAUGACAUCAUCCAUCUCUCGAACCCA